GGCAGUUCCCCUUCCCUUCCGCUGCCCGGCCAGCUGGCUGCAACUUCACCAUGGAGGUGAAGGAAGGUGCCCCCGACCUGGGCAACACCAGUCUCAGGGAUGAUGCCACUUCAAACAUCGAGAUCCUGUGCCCGGUGAACACGGAUUUCACCCAAUGGUUCCUGCCGGCAUGUUACCUGGCCGUGUCUCUGCUGGGCCUUCUGGGCAAUGGCCUGGGCUUGUGGAACUUGUGUGCGAGCUCUCGGAAGGGCAGCUGGAGCGCCCUGGGCGUGCUGCUGUGCAACUUAGGGGUGGCGGACUUGCUGUACGUGGUCACCCUGCCCUUCUUGGUGUCCUAUUACCUCCAGGGCCGGCUGUGGCUCUUUGGCAGAGGCUGGUGCAGGCUGACCCGGCUUCUCUUCCACCUCAACCUUUACGCCAGCAUUGGUUUCCUCACCUGCAUCAGCGUCCAUCGCUACCUGGGCAUUGUGCACCCGCUGAGGAUGCUGGGUCGGUGCCAGGGGCUUGGCUCUUCAGUCGCUCUCAGCGCCUUGGUCUGGGUCUGGGUGCUCGCUCAGCUCUCUCCCGAUUUCAUCUUCAGCAAAAUGGACCGCACGGGCAUGAAGUGCCACGACACGACCGAGCACAAGAACCUGGGCACCUACCUGCCCUAUAUCCUGGCCGUCACAGUGACCGGCUUUGUCGUCCCUUUUCUCAUCAUCGUUGGGUGUUACUGCCACGUGGUCGUGGUCCUGCAGAAGAACCAAAACGUCGACCCCAUCCUCAAGCGGAAGAGCAUCAAAUUGGUGGUUCUGGUGAUGGUGCUUUUCUCGGUCUGUUUCCUUCCCUAUCAUGUCUUUAGGAACCUGAACUUGCUGUCCCGUAAGUGGCAGCUUCAGGGGUCCUGCACUCAGACUUUGAAGAACAUCUAUGUUUCCUACCAAGUGACCCGGGGCUUGGCCAGCCUCAAUAGUGCCCUGAAUCCCCUGCUGUAUCUCAUGGCCAGCGAGGAUCUCGCCACACGAUUAAGGACUUUCAGGCAAAGGAUCAGACCGGCCCUGGGGUUUCUUUGGCAAAGACAAGCCCGGCAGCACUUGGACCAAAAUAAAUUAAGCAUUAUGCUCAAUGACGAAUGUGAAGAGGUGUCAAAUGAUCUCUGAGUUGAUUUAAAUAUAUAUAUAUUAAACUGGCAUAUCCUAAAUGCCUGCACAGGCUUCCCUCCUUUGCAAUGUCCCAUUUUCUCUGGGCGGAGACAGAUAUUGGUUUUUAAGAGAGUUGAAAGUGGCAUGACGGAGGCAUUGCUGCCUAUGGGUUUGAAGCAAAUCUUUGAACCUAUGAACAGAGAUGGCAAUGGGAUAAAUGUGGUACUAGUACAUUGCCAGAAGGGACAGAAUUAUCAAAACAUCUACCAUGCACAGCUACGUUUGAUAGCCUGACACCUUUAAUAUUCACCUGAAUUAUUCAUUUACUCAGUUUGAUAGCCCUGCACCUGUUUGUUCAUUAAAUGUCUGCCCACUGUGUUUGGGGUUCUGUGCAUUUGAAGCCAAUGGGAUUUUUAAGCAGCCUAACUAUUGUGCAAGUCUGCAAAUGCUAUGUAUACGUACAUAUAUGUGUAGCACCAUUUCUUUGUGUGUGUGUGGGAAUGUACAAGAAUCAC